AUGGCACCUCGUGAACUCAUCAUUCGGGAGUUAGGACCAUGCUCCCUCUCCUCAACCGGCAAGUUCAACUUCCUGGUUGAUAUAGAAGAGAAUGGGAUCGUGAUCUAUUCACACAGAACGAUCGAAGCACCUUCCUCUGAAGAGGCCAACGAGCUUCUACGCCAACGCUUGGGGUUUCGACGGGGAAGCUGUGAAAGUCCGCAGGGGAGCGUUCGUCUUGCAAACGAAGAAAUCGACAAUUGCCGUAAAAGCUUGCAUGCUCAACUACCUACCGACAAUAUCCUUCGACCAGGUCGUGUCAAUAUCCGCAUACAUGCAUUUGAGGCUCAGCCCAUCAACAUACAACGCAUUCCCUGGGAAGGGCUCGGGGAAACAAAGGAUAUCGCUAUUAUACGGAUUGGUGGCUGUUCUGAAGAGCCACCCACGCCCACGAUCCAGAGGGUUGACACCAAGCCCAUUGAAAACAAAUCACGAAAACGGUGCAUAAAUGUCCUACUGGUUGUGAACCGGAAGGUGCCACUGAACGGCGAGGAGAUGUACAAGGACUCUGACUCCGGUACAGCUUACAGAGCUUUACGACAAGCUCAAACUUUAGCCAAAGAAAACAGAGCUAAACACCAGGUGAAUAUUGACCUCAUUUGUGGAAAAAGUAUAAAGGGACUACAAGCGCACCUGCACGAGAAAGGCACCGAUUAUUACCACGCGGUACAUUUUGACUGCCAUGGAAAAGUCAUGGAUGGCACAACAUACAUACAAUUGACAAGAGAAGAUUGGAAUCAGGAGAAGCUCGAGAAUGUGCGUGCCGAUCGCAUCGGGAAGCUUCUUGCAGAAUAUGGCAUUAAGUGCGCUGUGCUCAAUGCUUGCGAAUCUGGCACCGCGAUCCAGGGUCGGGAUGCGAAUCUCUGUCAAAUCUUCAACGAGUUUGGAAUCUCUACCGUGCUGGGAAUGUCCCAUAGCAUUUCGGUAGAUGCGGCUAAAAUCUUCCUCGGCAAAUUCUACUAUCACCUCUUAGUGGAGGGUCGCGAGUUCUCACACUCAGUCGCUCUUGCUCGUGCAGCCCUUCAGGAAAAUCGUGAACGAGUCGGUAAGAGUGGACAGAAAUUUGAGAUAGCAGACUGGAUUGUUCCAGUGCUUUGGAGUGAUGGUAAGGACUUCCAGAUCACGGUGGAAGUCAAUGGAGAUCCCUCGAAAAGUCGCCCACCCCUAUCUCCACUUCGAGCCUCCAAUCCUCUACACAAUCCUCUCGGCUGCGUUCUCGACAUUCUCUUCCUCUUAAUAUGUCUGCGCUCAAUAUUUAGGAGGCACCAACGAUUUCCUACCUUCAACGAAGAAGUCACCGCUUACCAGAGCCUUUCUCAGCUUGAAGAAGGAAUCAUCGAAGAGACACACCUCGAGCCCAUGGUCAUGGACCUCGGCAGCGACCACCUGCGUGCCAUUAGAGAUCUAGGAGUCGGAAGAAUUCUCUACAUUCAUGACGGCGAAGCGGAUGACCGAGCAAAUUUUAUGGAGGGGCUCACCGAACAAUUACUUGCCACUAACUCUGCUUCCAAGGUUGAAUACAAGACAGCGAAGGAUUUUGUUUCUACUGGUUCACGGGCUACCUCGACAUAUGAAACUUGGCUGAGCCUCUUCAGGCAUUGGGGGUCCACACUUUGCUCGUCAGAUGAGUACUCGGACGGAGGAAGUGACAGUGGAGAGAGCGAUGUAAUAGACGAGAGCAGCCCUCCACAGGAAUAUGAAUGCAUCCUGAUACUCGACAUCUUGGACCUGUAUGACGAAAACAGCGAGAAUCCUGUACUGAUGAAUCCUGACGUUCGAGCUCAUGCUCAGAAGAACUUCCUCUCGUACCUCGACAAGCACAUCGCUCACGGAAGAGCUGGCCGAGGGCGCUUCAGAGUCAUUUUCUCAGGGCAAGACUCCCAUGAAGAACUGCGGCGAAUAAUUCAAAAGAGUAUACCGAGUCUUAGAAACUUUGCUAGUCAUCCUUUCACCUUAUCGGCAAGACCAGAGUUCUUCGAUCCAACGAACCUAUCUGGUCUCCAAAUUGACAGUCCGGAGACAUCUUGA